AGUGACGACGGCGUCCUCGCUCUGUUUAUUUCCUGUUUCUAUCCGAACAAAAGGCCUGCCCCCUUUUUCACGAGCACCUCUCCUCCGCCAUCGUUACUUUACGUGUAAUCACGAUUACUAAACCGGAUUACGGUACUUUUGCUCGUAUUUGUGGACGUCUCCGACUGUAGAAAUGGCGUCCGUUAUUGAUGCGGACCCGCAGGACAACUACGGUGAGAGCAAAUCGGCAAUGCACACUUGGCGUUAUCGCCACCAUUUCACGUACAAGGCAGAUCAAGGGAAAAAUAUCAUCGUCCAGUGUAAUCUUUGUCUGCCGAGGGUAAAUCUGCUGUCCACGUCGAAAACAUCCACAUCAAACCUAAAGAAGCAUUUAGACGUAAGUCACAGAGAGAGAUUUCCCUGUAAUGCUUCAGGUUAAUGAUUAAAGAGUGAAUGAAUGAACAGAUAUCUACUCUGGUAAUCAAUAACGUUACACUGUCUCUGCAUGCUGAGCUCAGACUCACUGCAGCCUCUUUAACUUUAACCAGGCUGAGAGGGAAAAUUAAGAACUCUGCAGGGGAGAUUUUCUUUCUGUAAAUGUGAAGUUUGCAAACUUCUCUAAACUCUGAAAAUGUGAGUGACAGAGACAGAAAGAGCUGACAGGAACCUUGUUGCUGCUCUGUGUUUCAGAGGACACAUCUGGGCUGUGAUGCCAGGCCUGAUGCCAAGAGAGGGAGGAGGAGAGACGAGCAGAAUGGGGACGAGAGCAGACACCUGCAGCUCAAGAAGCUCAAAGCUGAAAUCAUGGCCAAGUGCAUGACCCAGACAAAGACUGAUGAUCUCAUCUUCAACUUUAUGGUGGAGGACUGUCAGUCCUUCUACCUGCUGGAGCAGCCCGGCUUCAGGAAGCUGAUCGAGGGUCUAACUGAGGGGCUCAAGUCCAUGGACAGGGUGACUCUGUUCACUAAGGUGGAUCAGGGUUUCUCCAGGAUGCGUGAGGAGCUGAUGUCCAAGCUGAGCAGCGUCCAGUACGUGUGCACCACCGCUGACGUCUGGACGGCCAACAACAGGAGCUUCUUCGGGAUGACCUGCCACUGGAUCGACUCUUCUUCUCUGGAGAGGAAGUCUGCGGCUCUGGGGUUCGCACGGCUGCAGGGCCGGAUCUCGUACGACAGCAUCGCCGGGCGGAUUCAUGACAUCCAUGUUGCGUACAACAUAGAGAGUAAAGUUCAGACCACGGUCACUGAUAACGGCAGCCCCUUUAUGAGCGUGUUCAAAGAGUUCGCAGCAGACAGCCAGGACAGUGAUGACGACAUCGGUUUCUAUGAGAACGUGGGCGCCGUCCUGGAGGGCGAGCCGGAGCAGGACAUGCUGCUGUUCCUGCCCACCGUGCAGCGCUGUGCGUCACACACCCUGGAGCUGAUAGUGACUGAGGACUUCUGGCAGGCGGUGUCAGAGGGGCCCAUGUGUCAGCUGCAUUACAGCACCAUGGCGAAGGUGUACGCCAUAUGGAGCAAAUGUCACCACCUCCAGGUGGGCAUGGACGCCGCAGAGGAGAUCGGGAAGAUGGCGCUUGUUGUCCCGGCUGUCAUACGGUGGAACGUGGAGUACUGCGCCGUGCAGAAGGUCAUCUCUCUGACUGAGCGGGAGCUGACGGAGCUGUGCGCUCGUCUGGAGGUGCCUCGCCUGCAGCCGGAGGAGAGGGCGUUCCUGAAGGAGUACGUGACGGUCUUCCACCCGCUCGCUUUUGCACUUGAACUUUUCCAGGCGGAGCAGAAGUGUUACCUCGGUUUGGUCAUUCCCACCAUCCUCAGCCUGAAGAAUAAGCUAAACGAGCAGAAAGACGCUGCAAAUUACCUCGCCGAUGUCAUCAACGCCGUGGUCAUGGCCAUCGAUGUGCGGUUUCAGGAGCUGUUCACCAGCACGGAGGCGAAGAUCGCGACAGCCACGACGCCUCAGUUCCGCUUGUGGUGGAUGGCGGCCUCGGAGAGGGACGAGAUGUGCUCCCUGCUGGCGACGGAAGCCUCCCAGAUGGAUCCCUGCAUCAUCACGGUGGCGAACACCAGCAGGAACUCGUCCACCAUCGAAUCGGAGGACGACUUCUUCAGCUACGGGCCCGUGAAGCCCGCCAUCCAGAUGCAGCAGCGGGGCGUGAUGGAGGAGGUUCAGAAGUACAUUGAAGGAAAGGGGAAGAGCUUAGAGUGCCUUCAGGACUUCCCCAGAGUGAAGCAGCUCUUCCUCAAGUACAACACCACCCUCCCCUCCACCGCGCCCGUGCAGCGCCUCUUCAACCUGAAAGGAAACCUGGUCACCUCGCAGAGGAACUUUCUGACCGACGACUACUUUGAACGCAUUCAGCUUUUGAGAUACAACAGCAGCGUGUGCACUUUGGCCACCGAGUGAAUAAUCGGCGACUCUCUCUCUCUUUUUUAUCUGCCUUUAACGAUGAAGAAUCAAACCAUGUUGUGCUAAAAACACCCCGAGUCAUCCAUCAUUUCAGACGGGUCAGCCCGGAUGUGUGUCGUCGUCUUUUUACCUGUUUUGAUAGAGUUAAUGUCACACUGCUGAUUCAAGAAAACUGACAAUCAUGGACGGAGGUAAUCAAUGACUGAAGAGGCGUCUGUUGAUUCUUGUUAUUGUUGUGAUAAAAGUAGCUCCAGGGUGAAACUGAAGUGAAUCUAGUUCCUUUUUUCUAUGGCUGUUCAAUGAGAAUGCAUCUCCUGUCUGUAUGUUUUAUAUCAAGUAUAAAGAGACAUGGAAAGAG